GUGCGGUUCGGUGCGUGCACCGAAUUUCGGCUUUGUGCUCAUCACACACGACAGUUGACGGUCAAACACGCAGCCACGCGAAAAAAUGUCUCACAGUCGACGUCACACACGUACACAUGUCCGUCCGCAUAAACAACCACAACCAGGUCUGUAGGUAGGUCCUCGUCCAUCGUCCAUCCAUCCACCACUACCAGUCCCCGGCGUAGCCCUGUGUGUUUCCGUAUCUGCUGCCUGACGUGAGGUAAUCCUUGCCGGUGCCCCCCAGCUGUUUGUUCUUCUGGCUCUCGAGCUUGGGGCACUGUGCGAUUCGGUGGCCCAGCCCGCCGCAGUAGGCGCAGCCCCGCACCCCGCCCACCUCCUGCAUGUUGAAGCCACGGCUGUCCAACGCCUCGAGGAAGGGCGGGAUCUUCUGGUUGGCCUCCAGCAAGAGCGCCUUCAAGUCAAGCAGGAUGGUCUCGUCCUGGUUCUUGUUGAUGAAGGUCGUCGCCACGCCCGUCCGGCCACAGCGGCCUGUGCGGCCUAUCCGGUGGACGUAGUUCUCGAUCUCCUUGGGCAUGUCGAAGUUGAUGACGUGCUGGAUGGCCGGGAAAUCCAACCCCUUGCUGGCCACGUCAGUGCCCACCAACACGUCCUUGCGGCCCUCCCUGUACCACACAACAAGACAACACACGAAGCGAUUGAUUGGCCGUCUCUCGUGUGUGUGCGUUGAUGUGUGUACCUACCUGAAGGCCUUGAUGGCCUCGUAUCUGUCGUCCUGUCCGAGUCCGCCGUGUAUGGCGACGGCCUCGACCUCCUUGAGCAGCAGGUACUCGUGGACGUCGUCGACGUCCUUUUUGUUCUCGCAGAAGAUCAGCACCGGAGGGGGGGUCUUCUGCAGGCACUGCAGCAAGUACGGCAGCUUGGCCUCCUGCUUGACGUACUCCACCUCCUGGAUCACAUCCAAAUUCGCCGCACCAGCACUGCAACACACACACACACGAACAAAGGGCCGAUGAUGGGAGAGCUCAAGGAGGGACAUUCGAUGGCUUUCUGUGUGCUGUGUUGGGGGUGUGUGUGUGUCCUCGUACCGUCCGACAUUGACAACGACGGGCAGCACGAGUGCCUGUUUGGCAAACUCCUGAAUCUUCUUGGGCAUGGUGGCGGAGAAGAGGAGCGUCUGCCGCUGGUGCUGGAAGUGGUCCAACACACCACGAAUCUCUUCCUCGAAGCCCAAGUCAAUCAAACUGCACACACACACACACAGCAACACACAACACACGGCACGGACCGUCACAUUGCCCAUAGUAUCAUGUCUGUCUGUGCCUUCGUACCGAUCAGCUUCGUCUAGUGUGAGGUAGUGGCACUGCACGAGCGACAUGCGCUUCUUGUUGAGCAUGUCCGUCAACCGGCCGGGAGUGGCCACCACCAGGUGCACACCGUCUCGGAUCGUCUGGGCCUGACCGGCGGGCAGCACAGCACAGCCGCACAGAGUCAGUCAAUGUGAGCAUGUGCAUGGGGUCACUCGCGUCAAUGUGUGUGGUCACCGUACCUGUGUGUUGACGCUGAUGCCGCCGAUGCAGCAGACGCUCUUGAGUCUAGGGAAUCCCCCGUCCUCGAGGGCCUUGCAGUAGUACUCGAGCACCGCAUGUGUCUGCUGCGCCAGCUCGCGAGACGGACACACCACCAGCCCGUAAGGACCCUCGCCCUGUCAGCCGAAAAAUGCCCAGGAAACCGGCAAUCAGAUCAGCAUAUAUCGUCCCUUGCUCGUCUGCUCGCCUCACCUACCUUCUGGAAGGGGAUUCUGCACUCGUGUUCGAGAGCAAACAUGAUCAUGGGGAGGGCGAAGACGAGCGUCUUGCCGCUGCCUGUGAAUGCGAUGCCGAUGAGGUCCCUGCCCUCGAGCACAGCGGGGAUGCCCUGCAUCUGGAUCUGAGUCGGCCGGUUGAUGCCCUUGCCCUUCAGCGCCUCCAGCAGGGGCGUGGGGAACCGCAUGUCAGCGAAGUUCUUGAUUGGAGGGGGCACGUCCUCACCCUGAAUGUCGAUGAAGUACUUCUCGCGGAGCGCGUCAGCGUCCUUGACGGGCAUCUUGCGGUACUUCCAUGGCGGCCGCCAGCACGUCGUCAGCCGCUCCGUGUACACGAUGCCUUUGGCACGCUCCUUGACCGACAACAGAGGCGCGUUCAUCGACAGCUGCACCUGCUCCAACACACGCUUCUCCUCCGCUUGCAACUCCUGCAGCCAGCACCAUACACACAGAGACGGAGAGGUACACACACACACUGUGUGUGUGUCGGGGGGAUGUGUGUCUGUGACUCGCCUACCUCGAGCUCCUGCUGCUCCUUGUCCUUCUCGGUCUUUUUGGCCUCCGCCCUAAUCUUGUGAGAGGUCGCCAGCAGGGACUUCUUGUGCUCCUCUGUCUUGGGCGGCGGCUUCUUGUAGACGGGCGCGUCUUGCCCCUUGAGCGACUCCAUCCUUUUGCUCUCCUUGGCCUUGAGCAUCUGCUCCAUCUGCAGCUUCCGCAGCUUCACAGGCAUGUACUCGGGCUGGUCGUCGUCCUCAUCGGUGGCGGCGGGAGCAUCAGCUGCCGCCCUCUCGCCCUCCACGUGAUCCUCGUGCUUCCGCUUCGACGACAUCUUCGCCAAACGUCGCUACCGCUUGCACGCGAAUUGGCAACGCAACGUAGGCUGCCUAGCUGAGAAUAAGCACGGGGAAAAGGAAACUCCCUCCUUCUGACAAUUCAAG